AUGGCGAGCCCGGGGUCGCUGGAGACGGUCAUGCCUUCCUCCUGCCCCCGGCACGACGGCAGAGCCGCCACCGCUAACCCCUCCAAGACCCUGGCCUUCUCCAUCGAGCGGAUCAUGGCAAAGACGUCGGAGCCCAAGCCGGCCUUCGAGGAGCGGCACGGCGGGCCGGGGCCGGAGCCGGGCAAGAAGCCGCUGAGCCUGUGCUCGCCCCUGCCCUGCGUGAUCCCCAUCCCGCCGCUGGGCUACGAGCUGCCCUCCAAGACUCUCAACUACUCGGAGCUGUGGAAGAGCAGCCUGCGGGGCGGUGCGGGGCUCUGCAAAGCCAACUGCGGCGUGUGCUGCAAGGCAGAGCUCGCCCUGGGCCAGCCCAGCGGCCGGCUCAUCAAGCCGCAGGUCAUCCACCAGGCAGGGGCCGUUCCGGCCGCCCCCCGCUCCCUCUACUACUUCAACUACCUGGACGCCGCGUACCACCCGGCCGACCUCCUGCACGGACAGCUCUUCCCGGCCGGCCUGCUGGGCGCCCCGCCGCCGGGGGGGCUCUCGGCCCACCAGAAGCUUUUCCUCCUGGAGAAUGCCAAGCUGGCGGGGCUGGCGGCCGAGAAGCUGCCGCCGCCGCCUCCCUUCGCCCACAAGGAGCGGCUGCCGGGACACCUGGACCAGGUGAUGAAGGAGGCGGCGGCGGCGGAGCGCGGCGGCCCCCCCAAGGGCCACGCCAAGAUGGGGGGCGGCGGCGGCGGGGCGGCGGAGGGCAAGCCCAAAAACUUCACCUGCGAGGUCUGCGGCAAGGUGUUCAACGCGCACUACAACCUCACCCGCCACAUGCCGGUGCACACGGGGGCCCGGCCUUUCGUCUGCAAGGUCUGCGGGAAGGGCUUCCGCCAGGCCAGCACCCUGUGCCGGCACAAAAUCAUCCACACCCAGGAGAAACCCCACAAGUGCAACCAGUGCGGAAAGGCGUUCAACAGGAGCUCCACGCUCAACACCCACAUCCGCAUCCACGCCGGCUACAAGCCCUUCGUCUGCGAGUUCUGCGGCAAGGGCUUCCACCAGAAAGGCAACUACAAGAACCACAAGCUGACCCACAGCGGAGAGAAGCAGUACAAGUGCACCAUUUGCAACAAAGCCUUCCACCAGAUCUAUAACUUGACUUUCCACAUGCACACCCACAAUGACAAGAAGCCCUUUACGUGUGUCACUUGCGGGAAAGGAUUUUGCAGAAACUUUGAUUUAAAGAAGCACGUCCGAAAGUUGCACGACAGCGUCUCCAGCGCUCCUCCGCCGCGGGACCCUGGGCGCAGCGGGCAGAGCUAAGGGCCCGGCGCCGCCACACUCGGACCUGCUCCACCAGGCCAGCACUAUUUAUCCAAACCAGCCUUCGCUUCUCUGUCCUUUUCCCAGCGAGCUCAGCCGCCGGUAGCAAGCGACCCCGAGCCGCAGUUGUAUAUAAGAGGAAUCUUAUUUAAUGGCGCGUUGCGCCGCCGGAGCGGGCCAGGACGGGCCGGGCUGGCCGCCCCCCGCCCGGCGCCAGGACAGCGCUCUUUAUACGUGUCUGUAAAUCUCCAUUUUAAAUGUACGCUCGAAUAAGUGAGGAAUAUAUCUAUAUCUAUAUCUAUCAUGGGAC